AUGCUGCCUUGGAAUCCGCCCUCGGCCUUUUCCCUCACGGGCGACCAGCAGCAGCAGCGCUACGGCUAUAACGACGGCGGUUCGACUAUGCAGUCCAGCCACCAGCAGCAGCAGCAGUCGCCGACCGGCAAUCAGCAGCAGCAGCAGAUGUCGCCCCAGCAGCAGCAGCAGCAGCAGCUCGCUCCCGGCGCCAUCCCUCCCCCGCCGACCAACCAGUCGGCCUACCCGCCCAUGACGCUCGCCGCCACCCUCCACUUCCUCCAGAGCGAGCACCGCCGGUACGCGCGCGAUCGCAACGAGUGGGAGAUCGAGCGCGCAGAGAUGCGCGCCCGCAUCGCGCUCCUCGAGGGCGAGAAGCGCGGCAACGAGGCGGCCCUCAAGAGCUUGGGCAGGCGGUGCAAGAUGCUCGAGAUGGCCCUGCGCGGUGAACGCUCCAAGUUCCUGUCGACGACCAACGCGCUCGGCGGCACCCCGUCCGUGUCUGGCACCGCCUCGCCCAUUCCUGGCGGCACGCCCGCCCUCGGCAAGGACUCGCUCGCGGCGGUCGGCGGCAUCCCGCCGCACAAGCUCGCCGCGCUCCAGAAGGACACGCCUGCUUCGUCGGCCUCGGCGCCCGUGUCGCCGGGAGGCGAGCAGCUCAAGUCGGCGCCCAUGGCCGCCUCGUCGAGCACGCCCGGGCCGUCGGCGAACGUUCCUCCGCCGUCCACCUCGACGUCCACCUCGACGGCCUCGUCAUCGGUCCCGGCGCACGCUCGCGGCGACAGCCUGUCGGUCCCGGCGGCGGCGCCCAACGGGCACAACACGGGCACGUGGUCGAGCGCCGCGAGCGCCGCCGCCGCGUCUGCCGGUGCGCGCGACCCGCGCGGCAAGGCGCGCAGCCGCGAGUACCUCAAGCAGUGCCUGCAGGAGAUCACGUACCUCACGAGCUCGGCGACGCUCAACCCGCUCGCGGCGCACUCGUACGCGGCGCCGAGCGUCCCGAGGCCGAGGAAGGUCCUCCCCGACCAGGUCCCGCCGACGAGCGCCCCGGGCGUCAUCAACCUCGCGCCGCCGCCGGCGGGCAGCGCCCAGACGGGCGAGGUGCCGCCGCUCGCAGCCGGCGGCGAGACGUCCUCGGCGCCCUCGUCUUCUUCGGCACCGACGCCGAGCAAGAGCGCGCCCGCCGUCCUGUCGCCGGCACCCGCCGCCGAGUCGAGCUCGUCGACCAACAAGCCGGCGCCGCAUCACGACCUCCUCACGUCGUUCCCGUCGGACCCGCCCUCGGCGUUCGUCCCGCUGCGCCGCCAGAUCUCGCAGCCCGGUCAGCAGGGCCCGGGCGCCCUCUCGCGCUCGUCCAACCCGCACCAGCUCCAGGGCCAGUCGCGCAAGCAGCGCCACGACGCGGCGCUCGACGCCGAGAUUGCGCGCCUCGCGGCCCCCGAGGCCAACGAGGACAAGCCCGACGACGUCAGCGCCGCCCUCGCCGCCGAGAAGGGCGCCCUCAUCAGCCAGCGCGAGCUGCCUCUCGUCGCACCUGUCGUCGCCGAGCCCGAGCCGCUCGUCAAGGAGGACGAGGUCGUCAACGCUGCGCCUGGCGCCGCGUCUGAAAAGGGCGCCGGCCCGUCCUCGUCGUCGUCGAACGACGUCGAGCCCUCGACCGACCUCGACUUUGACGGCGAGCACGACGCAGAGCCCGAGCCCAAGGCCGAGCCGGUCAAGUUUUCGCCCGAGGAGCUCGCGCUCCAGGCGGCGCACGCCGCGCCCGAGGCCAACGAGGAGAAGCCUGACGACGCCGUCGCGCUCAUCGCGACUGCGGGCGAGGACGGCGAGGACGAGUCGCAGGUCGAGGACAAGGACGUCGCGUCGCAGGAGGACUCGGACGAGCCCGCUCCCUCAAUCCUCGACGCCUCCCGAGCCAGCAUCGGCCGAGCCGGCGGCACCCUCUCGCGCGGUCGAGGGCAGCGCAAGAGCCUCGCCGCCGUCCUCGCCUCGUCGGGCCUGAGCGGCGAACCCGGCGCGGCGGCGGGCGCGCCCGAGGACGAGGGCGUCGGCGAGGAGGAGGGCGACGCGCCGACGGCCAUCUUUGCGGCUGGUGGCGCGGCGGGACGAGGCGACGAGUGGCGCAAGAAGCUGCAGGAGGCGGGCAGGCGCGCGUACCCGGGCUUUGCCGGGCGCGCCGGCGCCGGGGCGGGCGGCGACAAGGAGCUCGAUGCCAUGGAGUGGGACCUCGAGGCGGCGACGGCCGACGACGAGGAGGGCGAGGGGGUCGGCGAGGGCGGCAAGAAGCAGAAGGAGCGCGUCGGCAAGAAGGGCGGCGAGGAGGACACGGUCGGGUUGAGCGAGGGCGAGCGGCUCAAGCCGAGGCGGGUCCUGCGCAGCCACCUCGACGCCGUACGCGUCGUCGCCUCCGUCCGGGUCGACGGUAUCGAGCUCGUCGUGACGGGCGGCGACGACGGCGUCCUGAAGCUGUGGCCCAACGUGGUCGGCAAGCCCGGUUCUCGCGGCGACCUCGAGCCUGUCGUCACCCUGCGAGGGCACAUCGGGCCCAUCACCGCCGUCGCCGUCUCGCGCCCGUCCUCGCCCGGCGCCGAGCCCUUCCUCUUCUCGGCCUCGCUCGACUCGACCAUCCGCGUUUGGGCCUUCCCGUCGCCCUCGCACGACACGUACGACCCGGUCGACCCGUCGCUCGCCCAGGGCGUCCUCGAGCCCGGCGCCGACGCCGUCUGGGGCCUCGCGUCGCUCUCGCGCGACCGCCUCGCGUGCAUCACGGCCGACGGCUCGAUCCAGGUGUGGGACUGGCGCCGUCGCGCUCGCCUCGCGAGCUGGACCUACGGCGUCGUCGAGCCCGCCAAGGGCUCGCUCCGCAAGCGUCCGGCGCAGGUCCCGACGCCGACGGCGCUCGCGGUCGCCGAGGCCGAGCUCGAGCACUCGCAGGGCGACAAGGAGUACCUCGUCGUCGCCUUCCAAAACGCCGUCGUCAAGGUGUUCGACGCCGAGGACGGUCGCCAGGUCAGGCGCAUCCAGGCGGACGAGUCGGCCGAUGGCACGCCCGAGACGCAGAUCAACGCGCUCGCCGUGGACGCGGACCUGUCGCUCGUCGCCACCGCCCACGAGGACCGGUUCAUCCGCAUCUUUGACCUGCAAACAGGCGAAUGCCUCGUCUCGUCCCUCGCCCACCUCGACGGCGUCACCUCGCUCGCCUUUUCGCCCGAGGCAUCGACAUCGUCCUCCGCCUUUUCGCUCGAGUCGCUCGAGGCAUUGUCAUCGUGCUCCGAGAUGCGCAUCGCCCUCGCCUCGGUCUCACACGACACGUCGCUCCGCAUGUGGAACCUGCGUGUCGACUGCACCGGCGCCGGCAAGUCGUCGCUCACGUGCGUCCAGGAGGCGUCGACGCACCGGGUCAAGGGUGCCGAGGGCGUCCUCGCCGUCGCGUUUGCCCACGGCGGCAAGGGCGCCGUCUCUGCCGUCGUCACUGCUGGAGCCGACGGGACUGCGCGCGUGUGGGAGCGGUAGCUCUCGCUCGCUCGCCGCGGCCCUUCCUUUUCGUACCCCUCUUUCCUCCCGCCACCUCUCUCCCUCCUCGUGUCCCCUCCUCUGUCGCACCCGCCCGCCGUAGACCUAUAUACCCCCUCGUCGCUCGCCCGUCGAUAUUCCCCCUCGUUGCCCCUCCUUUGCUCCUCGUCUCCCUUUCUUGCUCUCGUCCUGCAUGCCUCGCAGCCUUUCCUUGCUCUCUCGGUCCU